UGGCCCAAAAUCGCGAGUCCAAAUCAAAGGCAUCAUCAGUUACUUGUUUAAGCUUCGCUAAUCACUAUAUCUCCCACCUCCAAUCAAUUCUAUUACUCCUCUUUUUGGCCCUCUUCGAGUUAUCCCUCACUUUCCUCACCAAAAAAUAUCCAAACAACGACCACCGUCCACUGCCGCCGAAGAGGAGAGAGCCCUUUAAAUAAAAAAAUGGACACAAUUCUCCAUACCGAACCUCUAUCUCUCACUCGCUUACGCGCCACUUCGAAUUCCACCGCUUCCAUUCACCAUAUGCCUUGCCAGCUCAUCUUCCGUCCUUUCCACCGCCUCUCCUUUCCUUUAUCCACCGUCAACGCUGGCUCCAGUUCUCGCAGGUCAUCCGCUUUUGUUGUCGCCGCUAGCGGCACUCUCACCGCCAAUUCCGUUUCGCCGAGAGGUGGAGUAUAUACAGUUGGGGAUUUCAUGACGGGAAAAGAGGAUUUGCAUGUUGUAAAGCCAACAACAACUGUUGAUGAAGCACUGGAAGCUCUUGUUGAACACAGAAUCACCGGUUUUCCUGUUAUCGAUGAUGAUUGGAAAUUGGUUGGACUUGUUUCUGAUUAUGACUUGCUAGCAUUGGACUCCAUAUCUGGACGGCGGACUGAGAAUGACCUGUUUCCUGAAGUUGAUAGCACUUGGAAAACUUUCAACGAGAUACAGAAGUUACUCAACAAGACGAAUGGCCAGGUGGUUGGUGAUUUAAUGACACCAGCUCCAUUAGUUGUACGUGAAACAACUAAUCUCGAGGAUGCUGCUAGAUUAUUGCUUGAGACAAAAUACCGCAGACUUCCGGUUGUUGAUGUAGAGGGCAAGCUGGUGGGUAUCAUCACAAGAGGAAAUGUCGUUAGAGCCGCCCUUCAAAUAAAGCGUGAAAUUGAAGGAAAAGCUUAAAACACUCGAGACUUGAGAGGCUUUAUCAUUGAAGGAUAUUCAGGGCGUUGGAUAGGGCAGUGAAGCAAUGAAGUUUUUCCUUUCUCCAUUUAUCAAAGAAAAGUUCGGAGAAAGGUGUGAUUACGUGCUUUUUAUAUGGUCAAUCUUGCCCUGCUUUUGUAUAAUAUUACAUAUAUCAUUUACAUUAUUAACAUUGUUAUAGUUACACAACUAUUUACCAGGAUUGACACAUUGGGAGGGCAGAAGUUUAGCACAAAUUCUUGUCAAUGUUUUCAAUCUAUGUUGCUUUAGACUUUCUCCUUAAAUACGUUCAGUGUUUUUUUUCGACAUAUUCAAAAACAAGUAGAGGUAUGAUUUUUCAAGGACAA